AUGCACGUCGCGUGCAACGCGGCCGAAGCGUCGAAUGAUUUCCCAGAGCUCAUGGCGCACGCGACGCGCGCGGUUCGUCUGGCGUCGACGCUGUGCAAGCGCACGCAGUUCGAACUGCGCAAUAACGAAAAAGUUGCGAAAUUGGAUGAUUCACCGGUCACGGUGGCGGAUUUCGCUGCGCAGGCGGUGGUGUCGUUGGUACUGGAGCGAGCUGCGCCGAGCGUCGGAUUGGUGGCAGAGGAGAGCGCGAGCGACAUGCGAAGCGAUGGAGGCGCGGUUUUGAGGCGACGGGUCACCGAGAAGGUAAACGAGACGUUAGCGGAAGAGUUCGAAAGGACGUUCAGCGAGGAUGAGGUCAUGGACGCGAUUGAUCGAGGGCAGACGGAGGGCGGCGCGAGCGGGUCGUUUUGGAUUUUGGAUCCAAUCGACGGUACGAAAGGUUUCAUCAAUGGACGACAAUACGCCAUCGCGCUGGCACUCAUGGAAGGAGGUGAGGUCACGGGAGGGGUGUUGGGAUGCCCGAAUAUGCCGGGCGAGAAGAUCCCGCGAGGGGCGACAGAGAUUCCCACUGCGUCGCCGGGAUGUCUCUUCGUGGCAUACAAGGGACGCGGCGCGCUCGCGUGCGCGCUCGAUUCGAGCAAUCCUUUUGUGGACGGCGUGAAAAUUUCUACACAAAAGACGUCACACUCGAGCGAAGCGACUUACAUGGAGUCGUGGGGUGACUCCAUCGUCGCCGAUCACUCGUUUACGAAUUCUCUGAGCGCAGCGAUGGGCGUCACGGCGCCGCCAGUUCGCAUCGAUAGCAUGGCAAAAUACGGUGCGCUCGCUCGUGGGGACACGAACAUGUACCUGAGAUUUCCGCCCGCGAAUUACAGAGAAAAGGUGUGGGAUCACGCCGCGGGAGCGAUCGUCGUUCAAGAGGCAGGAGGCGUCAUCAGCGACGGCACGGGUAAACCGUUAGAUUUCAGCAAGGGGCGGUUCUUAGACAUCGACAUUGGCAUUGUCGCCACUUCAUCUGCGGAGUUGCACGCGACGCUCCUGGAGACCAUCGCCAAGGUAAGAUAG